AUGAACACAGACGCCUUGUUGCCGCUGCUUGAGCAGCUUGAUGACCAAUUGGAUGACUUGGAGGAGAUCCUUGAGCCCUUAUUGGGCAAGUCCCUGGUCAACAACUCGCAAAAUCUGCCUUUAAUGGACAAAGCGAAGCUCCAUGUUCUGGUCACUUACACUCUUGAGUCACUAAUAUUCUCUUAUCUAAGACUUCAUGGUGCCAAUGCGCAAGAACAUGCGGUAUAUCGGGAGUUGACCCGUGUGAAGCAAUAUUUCGCGAAGAUUAAAGCGCUGGAAGAGCCUGAGAAGCGGACUUUGACACUCGAUAAGGAAGCUGCAUCGCGUUUCAUUAAACACGGCCUUGCGGGUAAUAAGAAGAUCGACUUCGAACGAGCGGAAAGAGAGGCAAAGGAACGGGCACAAGCCGAAAUCAAGGCUGCCAUUAUUGCUAAGAAGAUGGCAUUAGAACAAAAAGAAUCCUCAACAUCUGACUCCUCUUCUGAUUCGAGUUCGGACGAAGUUGAGGAGGUGAGGGCAGAUGAAAAAAUGGAUACCAAUCUUGAGAUUUUGCCUAAGAAUUCGGAGAAGAGGAAGAAGGCAUCGGAAAGUCAAGCUAAGGCUUUGAGCGAUGCUAGCAAGGGACAGCGAAAGAACAAAAACAAGAAGCGACGCACCAACAAAUCGAAAUGA